AUGACGGGGACGCGGGACGCUGCCCCCCGUCCCAACGGAGCCCGCUGCGCACUUUUACGCGCGGAUAAAAAGGCACAACUCUUCCCCGACCUGGUCCUGUUUAUUACGCCAGUCCUUUUGCUCGUCCCAGUUCAACGGGUACGUUCUCACCCUCAGUGCCUGGACUUCGAACCGCCUUUCAGACCUCCGUCCCACCUGGAGUUUUGCACCCAGUAUGAGCGGUUCGGCUGCUGUGACCAGAAGACGGACAACGUCAUCGCCGAGAGGUACUGGGACAUCAUCGACCUCUUGGGCGUCGCGGGAUAUGAGCUCUGUGGCGACGUGUUGAAAGAAAUCAUGUGUCAGGAGUGCUCUCCGUAUGCUGCUCAUCUCUAUGAUGCCGAGGAUGCCCACACCCCCGUCAGAGAACUACCCGGGCUUUGCUUUGAUUUCUGUUCCAAAUUCCACGCCAAAUGUCGCCCCACGGUGAAGUAUUUAACAGGGAACAGGCGACUUCAGGAGGCCGCCGAGCGGGAUGUGUUCUCGUUCUGCAGCAUGGUCAACCUGGCCGACCGGGACUACUGCUACCCCAACGUCCUGAGGAGCGCUGACCUCAACAGCAACCUGGGUAAGGUGGCAGAAAACCCCGAGGGGUGUCUCCAGCUGUGCCUGACCGAGGUGGCCAACAGCCUCAGGAACCCUGUACUGAUGCUCCACAGCCAGGACGACACACACCGCAUGUUCGUCGGCGAGCAGGUGGGCUUCGUGUGGGUCUACCUGCAUGACGGCAGCCGGCUGGAACAGCCGUAUCUAGACCUGAGUGGGGAGGUGCUGACUACGCCUUGGCUGGGCGAUGAGAGGGGUUUCCUGGGCAUGGCUUUCCACCCCCAGUACAGACACAACGGCCGCUUCUUCAUCUACUACUCAGUCCUGGUCAACAGCAAGCUGGAGAAGGUUCGCAUCAGUGAGAUGAGAGUUUCUGCCCAUGAUAUGAACACGGCUGACCCUCAUUCGGAGAGAGUCAUCCUAGAGAUCGAGGAGCCAGCAGCAAACCACAAUGGAGGUAUGCUCCUCUUUGGCCUCGAUGGAUACCUAUACAUCUUUACUGGAGAUGGCGGAAAAGCUGGGGAUCCAUUUGGGAAGUACGGCAAUUCACAAAACAAGAGCGCGCUACUCGGAAAAGUCCUGCGCAUUGAUGUGGAUGGAAGUGACAUCAAUGGUAACAAUUACAAGAUACCGCCAGACAAUCCUUUUAUCGGCCAUCCUGACGCCCGGCCUGAGGUGUAUGCAUAUGGGGUCCGAAACAUGUGGCGCUGUUCGGUGGACCACGGAGACCGGGUUAGCCAGUAUGGCAGGGGUAGGAUAUUCUGUGGAGAUGUUGGCCAGAACCGCUAUGAGGAGAUUGACAUUAUCGUGCGUGGAGGAAACUAUGGCUGGAGAGCCAAGGAGGGAUUUGAAUGCUAUGACCUCAAACUUUGCCACAACUCCUCACUCAACGACACCCUCCCUAUAUUUACAUACGCCCACCAUGCUGGAAAAUCGGUGACUGGCGGCUACGUGUAUAGAGGAUGUGAAUCCCCUAACCUAAAUGGCCUGUACGUUUUUGGUGACUUCAUGAGCGGCCGGAUUGUGGCUUUGCAAGAGGAUAGGACAACGGGAGAGUGGACAGAGCGGAGUGUAUGUAUGGGCGACACAAGGACGUGCUCUUUUCCCAGGCUGAUCAAUCACCACCACAAGUUCAUCAUCUCCUUCGCCCAAGACGAAGCCGGGGAGCUGUAUCUCCUGGCUACCUCGUAUCCAAGUGCCAUGUCUCCUUCGGGAACCAUUUACAAAUUCGUGGAUCCAUCCAGGAGAGCCCCUCCGGGCAAAUGCAGGCAUAAACUGCUCCCUGUGAAGGUGAAGGGGAAGAAGUUUCCUUUCAUACCCAGGGAAUUGACUGUGCUGGACGGAAACGAAAAACCAACGAGACCUCCGCCUAGAAAAUUCAAAUCACCAUAA